CCCAACUUCUUCCCCUGGAAGGCAAAUAAACCCUUCCCUCUCCAUUUUCCCACCAUCCUCUCCUUUCUCUCAACCUCUCCGCCUCGGAUUCCGCCCUAUCUCCCUUUCACCGCCUCAGAUUCGACUCUCUCUCUCUCUCACAAAUUUUUGAUCUAUUUCACUCUCCUUGUCGUGGCUUUGUUUUGACCGGAACAUUAUUCCGGCAGCUACCCAAGACCUCACUCCUCGACUAUUUAGUUUCCUCGCUGUCACUAUCUCAACGCCGGAGGAAAAACUUAAACAAAGAGUGAUAGGUCGAAGUGACACCGGUGUUGUAAUCGGUAAACCCAGAAGAAGCCCUAAGAGUACCGUCGAUUUUUGUGCUCUUAUCUUCUUCUGCUCAAUCUAUUUCGCGCACAUUGUACAGUGGAAAGUAACAGUAGCUUUGCAUGAGCCUGAUUUUCAGAUAAACAAAGAUGAGUCACGAUAGAAGUGUUAACGUUUCGCAUGAUGCUGUGAUUGCUAAACCCGAGCGUGGCACUAUGCUUCAGAGCUUCUCACCUAGGAGCCAUGGUUCUAAAGGAUAUUCUCUACCUCAAGAUUCAGAAGAAAAUAGAGGAUCAGUCGGCCAAAGUGCUGGUCAGAGUAGCACUAGUGUCGUUGAUCAGGUCCGGUCGCCAGCUGAUGAUGCUGGUGUCACUUCUUCAUCCACCAUAUGUCCAGCUCCUGUUUGUAGGCAAUUUUGGAAAGCUGGAAGCUAUAAUGAUGAAUUGAGUUCAAAGUCUCAGCAGCCAAAUGGAAAAAAUUAUCUUCAUGUGCACCCUAUGUUCCUUCACUCCAAUGCUACCUCACAUAAAUGGGCUUUUGGAGCUGUUGCAGAAUUGCUUGACAAUGCUGUUGAUGAGAUCCAAAAUGGGGCCACUUUUGUCAUUGUAGAUAAAACCACAAAUCCAAGGGAUGGUGCAACAGCUUUGCUAAUUCAAGAUGAUGGUGGUGGGAUGGAUCCUCAGGCAAUGCGGCAUUGUAUGGGUUUUGGAUUCUCAGAUAAAAAGUCGGAUUCAGCCAUUGGAAGAUAUGGAAAUGGUUUCAAGACCAGCACAAUGAGACUUGGGGCAGAUGUCAUCGUCUUCAGCCGCCAUUCGAAGAACCAAACAUUGACACAAAGUAUCGGGCUCCUUUCUUAUACAUACCUGACACGUACAGGCCAUGAUAGAAUAGUUGUUCCCAUUUUGGAUUACGAGUUUAAUGCUUCAGCUGGCGAGUUCAAGACAUUGCAAGACCGAGAACAUUUUAUAUCCAGUCUCUCUAUUCUACUAGAAUGGUCUCCAUUUUCAACAGAAGCAGAACUUUUGCAGCAGUUUGAUGAUGUUGGACCACAUGGGACAAAGGUUAUCAUCUAUAAUAUGUGGCUCAACAGUGAUGCUAAAUUGGAAUUAGACUUUGAUUCGGUUGCAGAGGAUAUUCUCAUUGAAGGAAGCAUAAAAAAAACUGGAUCUAAGAUUGUGAAUGAUCAUAUUGCCAGCCGGUUUUCUUACUCUCUUCGUGUUUACCUAUCUAUAUUAUACUUGCGGAUUCCUGAGACUUUCAAGAUAAUUUUGCGUGGUAAGGUUGUCGAACAUCAUAACGUUGCUGAUGAUCUCAUGCAUCCGCAGUACAUCUUGUAUAAGCCUCAGGCUGCUGGAUCUGAAGAGGCUUUAGUUGUAACGACGAUUGGAUUUCUGAAAGAAGCUCCCAAAGUAAAUCUUCACGGGUUCUGCGUUUAUCACAAAAACCGCCUUAUUAUGCCAUUUUGGCAGGUCAUAAAUUAUUCAAGCAGUCGAGGAAGAGGGGUUGUUGGUGUUCUAGAAGCUAAUUUUGUUGAGCCAACCCAUAACAAGCAGGAUUUUGAGAAAACUGUUCUUCUUCAGAAGCUUGAAAACCGUUUAAAGGAAAUGACGGUGGAGUAUUGGAGCUGCCAUUGUGUGUUGAUUGGGUAUCAAGUAAAUAAGAAGCCUCGUCUUCAGAUACCUCAAAAAGUUCAACCUGCCGGUAGACAAGCAUUAAGUCCUCCUCCAGGCUUCCAAGCAGUUUUUCCACAAGGAAAUACAACAUCUCUCCCUAGAGUUUCAACUCAGCCAGUGCUGUUGGAGAAGAGGAAAGAACAUCCUGAUUCUGUUGCAAGUGCAGCGUUAAAAAGAAAGGUUGGGAAUGAUGACUUUACUGUCCCGGGGCAUAUUCGGGUUGAACAGUUUAUUCAUGGAUCAGCAAGUCAGUCACAAGAUAUUGAAACUGUCAAGUUGAUGGAAGAAAACAAGAAGCUCCGAGCAAAAUGUUUGGACCGCAAGGUGCGAAGUCAGAACCUUGAAGUCAAGGCCAUGAAUCUUAGGAGUGAGCUCGAGAACUAUAAAAGUGAGUAUGAAAGGUUAAUGGUAGAGCUACAAGCUUUGGAUUUGGUGAAAGACGAGCACAGAAGAAAUGUAAAUACGUAGAAACUUCCUCUGCACUUAAAAAAACACUCUUUUUUGGCUGGUCGUAUCCAUCUUCUAGGUAUGAAAACUAGAGAUCCUUAGUUUAUGGGCUGUCUCGGAAAGACAAAACAAAAUGUGUAAAAACAGGAUUCAUGUUUAUGAAUCUUUUUGUCUAGAAGAUUCAGCAAAGUUAUGGAAAAUAUAUAACUUUCUAAAA